CUCUCCAUCUCUUGUCCUCUUCUUAGUUAAACAGAAUCAAUCUUGGAAAGAGAAUACCACCUCUCUAUCUCGUCCUCCUCCUCACCCUGCCUCUGGGUUAACGGAUAUAUAUCACUUCACUCUUCUAUCUUUGGUUCCUAGAGAGCUUGAAUCUCCUGAAACGCUUGUUGCUUUCGCUUUUUGUUGUAACCGGAUUUUCUUUUUUUUCCUGGUUGAUUUCUUUCUUCUAGCCAAAGUAUUGCUUUUUGGUAUUUUCUUUCCUGUAUUUUUCUUUUUUUUUUUGAGGUUACCAGCUACAGGUGGGACGCCUUACCAUUUCUUUUGAAGUGAGGAGAAAAAAGGGAGAGAGGAAGAGAAGGAAGCUGCCUUUCCUCUAAAACUACCACAAAUCUCCAGGCAUCAUGUCGACCCCGGUCUCCCCUUCCCCAUCCCUCUCCCCGCUGACGCUGGCCUCCCCUACAUCGACGACCUCCCCGCUGCCCUCGCCUCUCUCCCCUCCACCAAGAGUGCCUGUGUUCCAGAGAAAGGGAGCGCUCAAACACAAGAGGAUUGUGGAGGUGAAAGACCACCAGUUCACGGCCCGCUUCUUCAAACAGCCCACCUUCUGUAGCCACUGCACCGACUUCAUCUGGGGCAUCGGCAAACAGGGAUUCCAAUGUCAAGUUUGCAGUUUUGUGGUCCACAAAAGAUGUCAUGAAUUAGUGACCUUCACUUGCCCCGGCUCUGUGGCGGGCCCACAACCAGAUGACCUGAAAAGUCAACACACAUUUAAGGUCCAGACUUACUCCAGUCCCACCUUCUGCGACCACUGUGGCUCGCUACUGUACGGCCUGAUACACCAGGGCAUGAAAUGUAGCAGUUGUGACAUGAACGUCCAUCGGCGGUGUGAGACCAGUGUUCCCAGUCUCUGUGGUGAAGACCACACAGAGAAGAGGGGGAGGAUCCACCUGACUGUGAGAGGGGAGAAGGAGGAUGUAUUCGUCACAGUGCGGGAGGCUCGUAACCUGAUGCCCAUGGAUCCAAACGGCCUGUCAGACCCGUAUGUUAAACUGAAAUUGAUUCCAGACCCGAAGAGCCACAGCAAACAGAAGACAAAGACCAUCCGCUCAACACUCAAUCCCGUCUGGAAUGAGAGUUUCACCUUCUCAGUGCGCGGUACCCAGUGGGACAGGCGUCUGUCUGUGGAGGUAUGGGACUGGGACCGCACGUCUAGGAACGAUUUCAUGGGAGCGCUGUCAUUUGGAGUGAGUGAGAUCUUCAGGCGUCCCAUAAGCGGCUGGUUCAAACUGCUGGCCCAAGAUGAAGGGGAGUACUAUAACAUCCCUGUGCCAGACCCAGACCUACAGGAGCCUCAGCCAGAUGGCAUAUUACCCACUCUGCCUCAUGCUCUCCCCCCCUCGCUGUCAGAGACGUUCCCUGUGGCCCUAUCCUCGGCCCCUGUACCAUCCUGCCCACCAGUCCACGCUCCAGGCCCUGCUAAAGUCAAAGUGGGCAUCCUCGACUUCAACUUCCUCAUGGUGCUGGGAAAAGGCAGCUUUGGCAAGGUGCUGCUGGCAGAGGAGCGAGGCAGCGAGCGUCUGUUUGCCGUGAAAGUGUUGAAGAAAGACGUUCUCUUCCAGGACGAAGACACGGAGAGCGCCAUGGUGGAGAGGAGGGUUCUGGCACUUUCCACCCGCCCUCACUUCCUCACAUCGCUGUACUGCGCCUUCCAGACUGAGGACCGUCUGUAUUAUGUGAUGGAAUACGUCAAUGGAGGAGACCUGAUGUUUCACAUUCAGAUCGUCGGGAAGUUCAAAGAGCCUCACGCAGCGUUUUAUGCAGCGGAGAUAGCGGUCGGCCUGUUCUUCCUCCAUAGCAAAGGCAUCAUCUACAGGGAUCUGAAGCUGGAUAAUGUGCUGCUUGACAGCGAGGGCCACAUAAAGAUAGCUGACUUCGGGAUGUGCAGGGAGGGCAUGUUUCAAGGCGACACCACGCAGACGUUCUGUGGCACUCCAGACUACAUCGCCCCUGAGAUUGUGGCAUAUCAGCCCUAUGACAAAGCAGUGGACUGGUGGUCGUUUGGAGUACUCCUGUAUGAAAUGCUGGCAGGACAGCCACCCUUUGAUGGUAUAGAUGAGGAGGAGCUGUUUCAGUCCAUCAUGGAACAAAGCGUCAUAUACCCGAAAAGUCUCACUCGGGAAGCUGUCGCUAUCUGCAAGGGACUCCUGACGAAGCACCCUGCCAAGCGUCUGGGUGGAGGACUGGAUGCAGAGAGGGAAAUCAGGGAGCAUCCGUUCUUCCGCUGGCUUGACUGGGACCGUCUGGAGAGACUGGAGAUCACACCGCCAUUCCAACCAAGAACUGGUGGGAAGAAAGGAGAAAACUUUGACAAGUUCUUCACAGCAGCUCCAUCAGUGCUCACCCCCUCUGACCCGGAUGUAUUAGCAGCCAUCAACCAGGAGGACUUCCAGGACUUCACCUUCCAAAACCCAGACUUUGCCCCCUCGCCUCUCACUGCUGUUUGAAAACGGAUCCCACCAACCUUUUAAAACCUCUUAAUAGUAGUUUUAUAAUAAAGGAUUUAAACAUGAGAUCUAGCAGCGGCUUUCAAAGACACCUCUCGUAUCCAAAUUCUGACGUUUACAUGAAAAUGCCAAGACACCUUUAAAGUCAUGCACUGUAUUUGAUGUUUGUAAUAAAUCUUGAUAGUCACAGAAACUGUUGCAACAAUCCAAAUAAGCCAGUAUUUUCCUGUAGAGUCCCUUCUUAGAGUUUUUUGUAAGACAUAUCCCUCGGUAUAUGAGUUCUGUAGAAAUGAAACUCUUUUGCAUGCAUGUUUUUAGAAUAAAGGCUUUGACACACUAGUUUUCUAUAGUUAUAGAGUACUAUACUGUGUGACUUUACAAUCAAUUUAUUUUAAACUGUUACCAUAUCUUAAAUUAGAAAUGUAUAUUGGUAAGCUGUAUUUACAAAACAAUUACCAGUCAGGUUUUAGUAAAGCAGCUAAACAGGCAAAACCGUCACUUUUUAUUAUUUUUGCAUUUCAUACACAUCUGUCUCACUCUGUGUGAGUGAGUGUUGACUAUGAUGCAAACUGAGUAGCCUUUUUAGUUUUGUUAGACUGGCAUCCUGUGGAAGAGCUCCGUCAGGUUGUUCUGGCCUGGACCGACCUCCCAGUUGAACGUCACACCGGUGACCACAGAUGACCCACUGAAAUGUUGAAACAACACAUUGGGCACAAUGUGACUGUUAACGUAGACCAACAGCCCCCCAGCUCAUGCCCGCUCUGCCUGACACUAUUAUCACUGAGAUGGAGCCCUUACAUCACUGCCACAGUUUAGGCUGCAUCAUUUUUUAUUCACAGGAUUGUAUUCUAUUGUUCUCGAGCGAGCCCCUCCACAUUGCGAAAAACGACAUCGUACUACUGCACUGAAAUCAGUAUUUGCAGUAUUAGAUAAUUAGCCUCUUAAUGAUGUUUUCGGGAUAGACUUUAUUAUUUUUGUGGUGUAUACCAUAAAGCUUUUUGCUGUGUAAUGACGUACUCAAAGCAUUGAUUAGGCGUAAUUAAAAGCGAGGCUCUCUGGGACUGUUCAAUACAUGGAAAAAUAAUAGCAGUACUCUCAUUAAACACUAUCUGAGCAGGGCAGGUGGCUGCAAACAUACAGCUUAAUAAUCCCAUUUCAGUGCUCUUAUCUCACAACCCAGCCGGCUAAUUCUCACAGAAAUCUCUUUUUCUUUUAAGCUUCUCCAUGACUUUUGUGUCAGCAUAACGAUAAUUAUAACCAUUUUUCAUCCACGGGAGCGAAAUCAUACAGAUUUGCAUUAGUUGUGUGUAUCCCAUUAAAAGUGGUGAACUGUAAAGGGUCAAAGCAGUUCAACUGAUCGCCUCAGUGUGAGUUGAGAUGCUAUGUCACAACACACAAUACUUCAACCCAGUAGAUGAUACUCUUAAUCAAUAAAAAAAACAAUAAAUAAUUUAUGUAUGUUAGUUUAGUUAACUUCUGUUUUUAUC